AUGGUCGACGCACUCAUCAGUCCGAGUCAUUCGGUGAUCGAAUUUGGAGCGAGGUUUGGGACAACCUCGUGCCGGCUGGCUCACGCGACGAAAAAUUCUGGCAAUGUCGUGUCGGUUGAUCCUGAUAGGAGCGCCCACAAGUUUCUGCUCGAGAAUCGCGAGCUCAACCGUUGCAACUUUCACGCGGUUCUCGGUGUCGUUGCUUUGAAGAACUCGUUCAUGGUGGCUGGCAGAACCGGGUAUGAUGGGUACACGCUCUCUGCGGACGAAGUCGGAAGGAGCGGAGCAACGGGGCUAGACGCGGUGCCCUCAAUCACGCCCAAGACGCUCCAAAAGUUUAUCGGCACGAAGAUCAACGCCCUGCUCAUUGACUGCGAAGGCUGCAUCGCGCGCGUCUUCGAGACCGGCAUCGUGGAGCAGGUCGAACUCGUGCUGAUGGAGAUGGACCAAUUUGGCAUCCCGCCUAGAAGUGUGCAUUACGGGCAGUACUCGAAGCGGCUUCGCGGUAUGGGGUUCGUGCGCAUCUGGUUUUCGCACGACACGUUCGAUCCGCGUGCGUCGUGGUCAGCCGACAUGCUGCAUGCGGCGUGGGCUAAAAACGGCACAGAAUACGCACGAAUGGCCGCGCAGCAAGCGGACCACAACUUGUGUACUCACUACAAGGGCCGCCACAACCUGCCCGACAAGUUUCUGAGAUGCGCGACGGAGGACAAGGGCGGCGAUCACCGCCCAAACGGUGGUUGA